AUGAAGAAUCAAGUAAUCCCCAUAUUUGAUGAAGAAAAGUACGACUUCUGGAGCAUCAAGAUGACAACCAUUCUCAAGACCAGGAAGUUAUGGUAUGUGGUUGAAGAAGGUGUAGCAUCCCCACCAGCACUAGUGGAAGAAACCCCUGAAACGGCAAGGGCAAGAUCGCUUAGAGAAGAAGCGAUGAUGAACGAUACAUUGGCGUUGCAAAUCUUGCAAACUGCUGUAUCGGAUCAUAUCUUCUCACGGAUUGCAGCAGCAUCGACAUCCAAAGAGGCGUGGGAUGCAUUGAAGGAAGAGUAUGAAGGCUCUUCUCAAGUUCGUUUGAUUAAGCUUCAAACGUUGCGAAGGGAGUACGAGAAUCUGAAGAUGUAUGAGAAUGAAGACAUCAAGGUCUUCACAGAUAAGAUAGUUGAAUUGGCAAAUCAAUUAACUUAUCAUGGUGAACAGAAGUCGGAUGUUCAACUCAUACAAAAGAUACUCAUCUCUCUCCCAACCAAGUUCGAUAGCAUAGUUAGUGUGUUGGAGCAAACAAGCGAUUUGACUUCAACAAAGAUGACAGAGUUGAUCGGGAUUUUGAAGGCUCAUGAAGCAAGGCUGGCUGCAAGAGAAGAAAGCACCAAUGAAGGAGAAUUUGAUGCUCGUGUUAAGCACGGAAAUUCUGGUAAACAGAAGAAGGAUGAUCCAAAGAAGGAUCACCGAAGUAACAAGGAGUGUUACAAUUGUGGCAAUCUCGAAGAAGACUCGAAUGAAGAUCACAUGUUGUUCAGUGCGAGCGAAGCAGCAACAACAGUGAUGGAAGAUGUUUGGUUAGUAGACAGUGGAGCAACUAAUCAUAUGACAAAGGAGGAGAAUUACUUCUCAAGGCUUCAUAGGAGCAUCAAGUUUCCAAUAAAAAUUGGAAAUGGAAGCACGGUCAUGACAGCCGGUAAAGGUGACAUUACCGUCAUGACUAAAGGUGGCAAGAGGACCAUCAGAAAUGUGUUCUUAGUUCCGGGAUUGGCGAAAAAUUUGUUGAGUGUUCCACAAAUUGUUUCAAGCGGAUACCGGGUGAGUUUCCAAGAGAAGAGAUGCAUCAUAGAUGAUGCAAAAGAUGGAUAUCCUGACUCACAAAAGCUAUCGAAUCAGGAUGAGUUCGGCUCAGGUAGAAGAAGCCAUGAGCGCUAG